AUGUUAGGCGAUAUUGGCAAGUUUGAUUCACAGUUGGGUGAGUCUAGCGAGAGCGCUAUCUUGUUUACGUUAGUUGCUCAACCUACCUUGAUUAGUAAGGUCAUAGAAGCACGACAGGGGGAUCGUGAGGUGGAGUUAAUCCGUGAUAGAAUUUCCAACGGGAAGGAAGAGAAGGGUUUGAACAUCCACUCGGAUCUGAGUCUAUGUUAUCUAGACCAUUUGUUUUUACCAAAAUCUUGUAGGGAGGAAGUACUUCGACAGUUCCAUCACUCAUUCCUUGCGGCUGAUGUUUUUCUGUGGAGAAACAAGAAGAUAUCUGCUGGAGUCCUAGGUGGAGCCACUGCAAUCUGGUGUCUAUUUGAAUUGGUUGAGUACCAUCUGCUCACAUUGGUUUGUCAUGGCUUUAUAUUGGCUCUGGCUGUGUUAUUCUUGUGGUCUAACGCUAGCACCUUCAUGAAGAAGUCUCCUCCCCAGAUUCCAGAAGUUCACAUUCCAAAAGAGUCAGUUGUGCAGCUUGCCACUGCCCUUACAAUUGAAAUCAAUAGGGCAUUUGGAGUUCUUAGGGAGAUUGCUUUAGGAAGAGAUCUCAAACAGUUUAUCUGUGUGAUUGCUGGUUUGUGGAUCUUGUCAUUUUUGGGGAGCUGUUGCAGCUUCUUGACUUUGUUUUACAUAGCAUUUGUUUUGCUCCACACGGUGCCGGUGCUGUAUGAGAAAUAUGAGGAUCAGGUCGAUGCUUUUGCUGAGAAGGCAAUGAUUGAGAUUAAGAGACAGUAUGUAGUCUUUGAUGCGAAGGUUUUAAGUAAGAUCCCGAAAGGACCAUUGAAAGCCAAGAAGGUGUGAGAGCUUACGGUGGCUGUGCUUGGUAACUCUGUUUAGGGUUUUGGGUUCACAAUGUGGAUAAUUACUGAUAGUUUUCUAUAAAGUUGAAUUUGCUAGGUUCGUGGGCAGCAUUUGUGGGUUUCUGUUUUAGGCCAUGAAGUUAUUAUAUUGUAAUUAAUGUGGAUUUGUGCCUUGCUCAUUGGGCUUUAUAAAAUAUUUUGAUUCCAUUGAUGUUUUA